GGCUGGUCUUGAACUCCUGACCUCGUGAUUCACCUGCCUCCGCCUCCCAAAGUGCUAGGAUUACAGGCAUGAGCUACCAUGCCCGCCACAGCCUGCCACCCCUCCUCCCCCACCAUUGGGCUCUGUCGUACAUAGUCAGGCCUAGUGGGGAAGUGAAGCCUGAGGACUCAGGGCUCAUGGUCAGGUCUGUGGGUUAGAUCCCUCAAAGGACAGGGGAGGGGCCAUGGGGAGACAGGCUCGAGGUGGAAGCUGGGCCCUGGCAAGGGGACAGGACACUUUGGGGCAGAAACUGGAAGGAAGACUUGUGACCAAAUUUGAGGAAGGACAGGGGGCCCUCCCCAAAUGGCCUGGGGGUGCCACUUGUUGGGUGUUGACUGCAAAGUAUGGCCUCCACCCUAUACUGUGGCCCUACCUUCUCCUGUCCCUGGCUUUCCCCUGAGCUGGCCUGGGACCCAGAGUGGUUGCCAGUGACCUGGAGAGUCCUGAGAUGAUGUGACCGCUGCCCACUCCCUCCCCUGAGUGUAACUCAAACCCUGGGCCCUUCUGAGGUCUGCCAAGAGGGAGGGUGGGUGGACAGAUCAGUUUCCUGGGCUGCUAUUCUAGGUGGGAAGGCCGGGCUGCCUGCAGGGAGAGGGCUCUGAGUGACCUGGGACCUACCACAGGAGGCGCUUUUCUCACCUCACUGGGCUUGGAGUCACAGCGGGGGGACUCAGCCUGCGGCGGCCCUGAGCCAGUGGCUGGGUUCCCAGGCUGCCCCUGGGCUUAAGAGGCUGUGUGUGAUCUGAGGAGAACAGCUUCUCUCAGCCUGGUGUCCCUGAAGCCAGGCCUCCAGGGAGCACACAGCGGACUUCCUUGCUCUGCCACCACACCUUCUGCUGUCUGAUGUGAGUCCUUUGUCCUGCUGUGUCCACCUCAUCCACUGGCUGAAGGCUUCUCCAGAGCAGGCCACCACCACCUGGGGGCCUCAGUCUCAGACUGGUGGGCCGUGGCACCACCAUGGAUAUUUCUCUGAAGUAUCACACACUGCACUCCCACUCUAUUUUGUUUCUUGGCACUUACCACCAACUGGCGGGGACACCCCUCUCUGUUUGCAGUUGGGUCUCCCCUGGGCUGGAGCUCCCUGCAGACAGGGACCUUAUCUGUCUUGUUCAUACCGAUUUCUCCAGUGCCCGCACGCAGUAGGUGCUGGAGAGAUGACAAAGACAGAGCACUGGCUGCCAUGACCACCCCAGCCCCAUAGGUCUGCCCGGGGCAGAGCUGUGGCCAGACAUGUCCCAGCCUCAAGGGAGGAGUCAGCCUCCCUGGAAGAGGUAUGGACAGUGGCCACGCGGAAGGACCAGGACCUAGAUGGGGUGGGGAGCUGUGGGAGCCAGACCCACUUUGGGGAAAGCUUCUAGAGAAGCUUCUGGAAAGAGAGGCCUUCUCAUUGGGCUUUGAAGGGUAAAGGAAAAGGCCUUCCUUGGACCGGAAGCAGCAGGAGUGAAGGCAGAGGCCGGGCACGCUUGCAGACCUGUGAGGAGGAGGCAGCGGGAGCCUGGGCCUGGAGCACUGGGCUGGAGUGUGGAGGCGGGCUGGGGUGUUGGGUGUUGGUUGCAACCCUGUCAUCAGGGACACAGGCUGCCACACGCACUUCCUUCCCCUGCUGAUGCCUCGGGGCACCUGGCAGUUGAAGGAAGGGGAAGGAAGCCCUUCCUCCUCUGGGAAGUCUCCCAGCCUGCAGAGCCUUCUUCCUGCCUUCCUGCCUGUGCUGCCCUGUGAGGCCGGCUCCCAGGCCAGCGACCACCAGGGGCCCGAGGAUGAAGCCAAGUCUGCUGUGCCGGCCCCUGUCUUGCUUCCUUAUGCUGCUGCCCUGGCCUCUGGCCACCCUGACAUCAACAACCCUUUGGCAGUGCCCACCUGGAGAGGAGCCCAACCUGAACCCAGGUCAGGGCACAUUAUGCAGGCCCUGCCCCCCAGGCACCUUCUCAGCUGCAUGGGGCUCCAGCCCAUGUCAGCCCCAUGCCCGCUGCAGCCUUCAGAGGAGGCUGGAGGCCCAGGUGGGCACGGCAACUCAAGAUACACUCUGUGGAGACUGCUGGCCUGGGUGGUUUGGGCCUUGGGGGGUUCCCCGUGUUCCAUGUCAACCGUGUUCCUGGGCACCUCUGGGUACUCAUGGCUGUGAUGAGUGGGGUCGGCGGGCCCGACGUGGUGUGGAGGUGGCAGCAGGGGCCAGCAGCGGUGGUGAGACACGGCAGCCUGGGAACGGCACCCGGGCAGGUGGCCCAGAGGAGACGGCCGCCCAGUACGCGGUCAUCGCCAUCGUGCCUGUCUUCUGCCUCAUGGGGCUGUUGGGCAUCCUGGUGUGCAACCUCCUCAAGCGGAAGGGCUACCACUGCACAGCGCACAAAGAGGUCGGGCCCGGCCCUGGAGGUGGAGGCAGUGGAAUCAACCCUGCCUACCGGACUGAGGAUGCCAAUGAGGACACCAUCGGGGUCCUGGUGCGCCUGAUCACAGAGAAGAAAGAGAAUGCUGCCGCCCUGGAGGAGCUGCUGAAAGAGUACCACAGCAAACAGCUGGUGCAGACGAGCCACAGGCCUGUGUCCAAGCUGCCGCCAGCGCCCCCGAACGUGCCGCACAUCUGCCCGCACCACCACCACCUCCACACCGUGCAGGGCCUGGCCUCACUCUCUGGCCCCUGCUGCUCCCGUUGUAGCCAGAAGAAGUGGCCUGAGGUGCUGCUGUCCCCUGAGGCUGUAGCUGCCACUACUUCUGCUCCCAGCUUUCUGCCUAACCCGACCAGGGUUCCCAAGGCCGGGGCCAAGGCAGGGCGCCAGGGCGAGAUCACCAUCUUGUCUGUGGGCAGGUUCCGCGUGGCUCGAAUUCCUGAGCAACGGACAAGUUCAAUGGUGUCUGAGGUGAAGACCAUCACGGAGGCUGGGCCCUCGGCGGGUGAUCUCCCUGACUCCCCACAACCUGGCCUCCCCGCUGAGCAGCAGGCACUGCUAGGAAGUGGCGGAAGCCACACUAAGUGGCUGAAGCCCCCAGCAGAGAACAAGACCGAGGAGAACCGCUAUGUGGUCCGCCUAAGUGAGAGCAACCUGGUCAUCUGAGGGGCAGUCUAGUCUGAGGACACUGUGGCCCUGCCCUGGGAGGUUCCGAAGGCUUCCUGGAGGAGGUGGAGCUGCAGCUGGGACUGUGAGGACCGAGAAGCAAUGGCCCAGCAGAUAAGACAGCAAAGACCAAGGCCUGGAGGUGGGAGUGUCCGCCCCAGUGAGGAGGCAGGUGGCCGGCGGGCACUGUGUACAGGAGCAGACUGAGCCCGCCCCGGCCCUGCUGCCAGGUUGCUCCCCUGCAGGAUGCCCCGACCCCCAUGCUUGCCCUGGCUGGACCGUAGGAGCCCACGGGAUUCUCUGUAUCAUCAGAGGGCUGGGCUUGGCAGAGGGGAGGAGCCCGUGCCCGUCACCCCGGCCCCAUUCCUUGGUAAUUAGCCACACCCUUGCCUCUGAACAGGGCCCUAGAGCAGAUGUGCCUCCCACUCCUCUUCCAGCAGGUCUAUAAAGGGAAGGGGCAACAGAAAGUCCUGGGCUAGGAGAAUGAAUCCCUGGGUCUUAAUCUUGGGCACGUCUAUGGCCAUCGCUGGGUCCACUUUUCUGACUAUGAAGUAAGGAGAGACGUUCUCAGUACCCAGGGCCUCUUCAGCUCUUUGCGGGUUCUGGGCUGGGUUGUGGGGGGCUGGGGAGCUGGGCUCUACCAUCCCUCCUAUUAGUAGCUUUAUCCAGCCCCGUUUUUGCUGCUUCCAGGGCCUCUGCCUUCUAGACCCCAACGGGGCUGUCCACCCAUGGCUCUGCCUACAGAAGGGGCUUAAUGCAUGUGCCUGCCCCUCCCCCAGCUGUUUUUACUGAAACUGAAAAAAACAGACUUGAUCCCGGCAGGACUGUGAUACAGAGCCCUAGCCUGCCCAGCCGGCCCCAAGAUCUCAGGAGCUUUAGGGAGAAGAGUGUUGGUGGGGCUGGAGCGCACCUUGGGCCUCAGUGGUUUCUGCGUCCCUGUGGUGCCAGUGCUUCUGGGCAGUGCAGGCGGCUGCCAGGCCCAGCCCUGACCUCCACUCUGGCUCAGCAACCUGGUUAUUUAUGUGGGGCCGUGCAGGCAUGCGCCUCACUGCCUGUCCGUCCUGUUUCUCUUAUUUAUUGAAACUUGCCGUUGCCCUAUCCUUGUGUCUCCAUCCCCUUCCAUGUGUUGAAUAAUAAAAGGUGGGAAAGUGCUGUCACGAGGAGCUCUUUUUCUCUGUGCCCUUCCCAGCUUAUCUGCCUGUUCCACUUGUACCUGUCCAGCCCUGCCCUGUAUUGGGCACCGUGGCAGGCUGCCCUCCCCUCACAGUCCCUGCACCUCAGCAGCCGGGGAAGCAGGGCCCAGAGGAGACCCAUCAGCUCAUCUGGUUCUCACCAAAUCCCCUAGCUAGAGGCAGGGCUGUCCCACAGAAAUAGUGUGAGCCAUAUAUGUGACUUUAAAUUUUCUGACAAUCACAUUUCGAAAAGUAAAAAGAAGCAGGUAAACUUAAUUUUAAUAUAUUUUUUAACCCAGUCUAUCCAAAAUAUUUUCAUUUUACUAUAAAAUCAGCAUAAAAAUUGUGAAUGAGCUGUUUUUGCUUUUGCCUUGAAAUCUGUUGUGUAUCUUACACAUCUUGAUUGGAACUCGAAUGUUUCAAGGGCUCCAUAGCCAUGUGGCCAGCAGCUACCACGCUGGUCAGCGCAGCACCUGAGGAAGUGCACUGUGUGGAGCCCGGGAGGUGAAUGGGGGUGAGGCAGAUGUGCGGGCCAGGGAAUGUGUUCCACAGAGAGGGACAGCAUGUGCAAAGGCCGGGCACCAACACAUAGUGGGCACCUGGGCCUUAUGCCAAGGACCCCAGGGAGCCUCCAAAACAUUCAGCUCCUGCUUGGCCAGUGUGGAGAGGAAAGGAGCCACAGGAGUGGGUGCCACACCCAGGUGAGAUGGAGCCUCCGUCUCCAUCUGAGAUUCCUAGGGCAAGCUUCCAACCCGGUCCACGGGCCACAUGUGGCCCAGGAUGGCUUUGAAUGGGGCCUAACACAAAUUCAUAAACUUUCUGAAAACAUU